AUGGCAGCGGCCGCAGCCGGUCGAGCAGCAGCGGGGGCAAAGUUGGGCCUGCGUGAGAUUCGCAUCCACUUAUGCCAGCGCUGGCCCUGCAGCCAGGACAUCAGGGACUUCAUGGAGAAACGCUUUGUGGAACUGAAGAAGGCCAAUCCCAAUCUGCCCAUUCUAAUCCGGGAAGGCUCUGAUGUGCAGCCCAAGCUCUGGGCCCUCUACCCAUUUUUGCAAGAGAAGAAUGUCUCUUUGAACACCUUCGAUGCUCAUCAGGUAACCAGAACCCUGGAGAAUGUGCUAAGUGGCAAAGCUUGA